AUGAGGCAAGCCGAUUCGAGUGACACGGAAAGACACAAAGAGCGUGUACGUCCGCUCGGAUCCACGGAAACAGUCGUCCCAGCUGGUGCAGGAUUCAUUGGAUUCACUCAACCACUUCAAACAAGUUCCAAUGGGUCAGCAACGGAUGCGGCGGUGCCGGAAUCACACAUUCUACAAAAAUUUGAGAAACAACAGAGACGGGUAAGAAUUGCAAAUACCUUCUCCAAAAGAAGAAGAGGUAGGACGUGCCCAAGUCAUAGUUCGUGAUUUGUUCGCGUAUCCUCAAAAUGUUUCCCACAGCAAUUUAGUUUUUAAGACGAUAAAGCUGGAGCCGGUGGAUUCCGAGGAUCAAGCUCACAUCUCUAAAACAGCGCCCCUGUUGCGUUCUGGCGAAACACAUGCCUUUGCUCCACCACCACCCGAAAUGCGCCCAGAUGCCCACGCAGGGAUUCGUAAAUGGAAUGCUGACGACUCGAUUCAGUUCCCCGCUGGUCGUAUUUCCGAUUUCGCCAGAAGAUUGAAGGUAGAAUCACUCACUGAACCGGACACUGUGGAAUUGAUGAAUGAGAGACAUAACAAUUGCCGACUAAAAGUUGAAAAGCUGGAGGCUAUGGAAAUAAUGGCUGAGGAACACAGCUAUUGCCGAAUAAAAGUUGAGAACCUGAAAGUUGAGGGUCUGAUGGUCGAGAAGCUGGAUCAAAUAAUAGAAGCAACGAGUUUGUCUCAGCCAACGGUGAAUUGUGCUGCUGACGAGCCAAUUCAGAUCUUGACGAAAUCAGCUGUUUCACAGCCGAUGGAAAAACCACCAGCCACAAAAAUAUCGGUAAGUCCUAAUAGCUAGCUUUUAAAAAACUAAUAUCCUACAAAAGAAAUGCUCAGAAUUCACUUUUUUUUCAGAUCUUAACGAGUCAGGAUGUGAACAGCAAGCACUUAAAUCAAGAAGUCAACGCGACCAAUGCUUUCAAUCCAAAUACUUGCUCUAGAACAACGACUGGCCCCAAGCAAAAUACUCUUGUUAUGGAAUCUUCCGAAACGAUGCAAACUGCUAACGCAGGAUUAGAAAAUCAGAUUAUCAGAAAAAAUGGAAAGCAAUUGAGAGUGCCUGAAAUCAAAAACGCUAUUCGCAGAAAAGGCAUUCCGCAGAAGAUUGUACCGGAAGAAGUGGAGAUCGAGGAAGUAUUGUUCCAAAACUGUGGUCAGUACCCUAGAAGAUUUGUGCAAUCAGUUGCAAUAAGUUUUUCAGCGUCAAUAACAAACUCACUCACUGAGGAAGCUCGUCUUCGAUUCAAGGGACCAUCAAUACCGGAGAGAAAGGAGACAACUCAAUCCAGAAUUCAUGAUAUUCUCGCCUUAGCUGUUCGUGAAAUGGAGAUGGCCAGAUUUGCAGGAUUGGAAGACCAAAUCACCAGAAUUGAUGAAAAACAAUCUGGAACGCCCAAACUCAGAGGUGCUGCUCGCAGAAAAGGCAUUCCGCACAAGAUUGUACCGGAAGAAGAAGCUGCUGCAGAACCGCUUCAAAUGGACGAUCCCGUUCCUACUGCUCCACACGUUCAAGUGCCUGCAACACUUUGUUCAGCAAUACUUACCAAGCCGAGAGCUGAUGUACCGGAAGUUGGGGAACCAAAGAAGAUGAUGGCUGCGACUGCCCCCUUCAACUGCGAAGUGAUUCCAUCCAAUUGUCGCGACAGUCAAUACCCACGACGAUCUACGCAAUCAGAGACUAAGAUGUUUGCUAUGAACAAGCUGCAGAUGGAAACGACAAGUCCGGCAGUGCAAGCACCAAUCGAGAAAGAGGAAGUCAUCGAGAUGGAAGCAGCUCCAGUUUUGCAAGCUGAAGAACCGAUGGAGGUAGAUCGCGACGACAACUUGGAUAAGGACUCAUCAUUCGAAGGUCCGACUGUGCGUGCUUUUCUCAUGGCAAAACUCAGAAGUCACAAUCCAACAAGUUCAUCGAGCUACAGUUCCAAAAAAAGUGUUGCUGUUCCAAAUCGUCGUAUCAUUCCGGGUCACUACAUUUCACGUCGAGACGAGCCGGAUCCAGUUUUGUGGGCGAUUCAUCAAAAAAUGGCUGCAACUGCCGCUUCCGCUUCAACUCCGAUUACUCCAAACGCUCCAAACGCUCUGGCGGGAAGAAGUACAGGCGCUCCUACUAUGCCGAACUCAACUAACUUCCAAAGUACUUCGUCUUCGCUGACGCCGAUGGACGUACAAUCGAAAAGAGCAUCUCUGGAUUAUUACGAUCCACAAGUUACCGCACAGAAACUGGCAGCUCUGCAAAAAAUUUCAGAUCCAGUCCUGCCGAGAAAUCAGGAAAUAGUCAAGCGCAACCGACAGUUACAGCAAGCAAGCAAUCGUGGAGAUCAUCAGCAACUCACUGACAAUGAUUCACAGAAGAUACCGCAACAAUUUGUGCCUCCAAUGCAGCGUAAUCAACAGCAUCACGCUGCACGUCAAAGUUCAACGCCUUCUCAAUCGCCGCCGCCCUCAAGAUAUGUCAUGAUUGCUCCGCGCCCGAUCCCAGGCGCCCCAGUAUCUCGCAUUGUGCCAGUUGGAUUUAUAACAAUGGACAAUCUGCAAAACCGCCAGCAUCAACAAGUUGUCAUCCGUCAAUCAUCAGUAGCACAAGAUCCACCAGCGCCGCAAGGUUCUUCAUCUCGGGCAACAUCUAGGCCUUUAACAGCUCAGCCGUCCCGGCCAGUAAUGUUCGAUGGAUCGGUUAUAGAAAAACCAAAAAAACCAGAGUACUAUAACGUGAGUAUUCCGCCAACUGCUUGUAUCAUCAUAUUCUUUUUUAAGGUUUCCCGUAUUGCAAUGUCCGAUCCCGUCUGUCCUCCAGGAAAAGGCCCAAACACCUCCAUUACACAACAUCCUACGAAACAGAUGCAAAGAGUAGAAAGCAAGAAUUCACAAAACCAAUAUCAGAAGGUGAUGACUAUUGCUCAUUUUCCUUAUAAUUUAGUUUUUCAGGGCCUCGCUGGUCAGGAUGUGAACGGAAAACACAAGAUUCAAGAAUCCAGCGCGGCGAAUCUUUCGAAUGCAAAAAUUCGCUUGGGGAUAGCGUCUGUCCUUUAUCAAAAGUCCCGUUAUAAGGAACUUUCUAAAGCGAUGCGAGUUGCUUACGAAGGAUUUCUUGAAUCAAAUGAAGAUGCCACCACCGAUCAGCUCACCUUAGGUCCUAUUUCUGAUUUGCCUGAAAGAUACAGGCAAAGAGCGGAUGCCCGCAUUCCUUUGCCACCCGAAGAAAUCUUUGACAUGGAAGACGCGUGUGAGAUUCACGCCGAUCAGCUAAUCGCUGAAGAAGCUCGUCCUCGAUUCAAGAGACCAUUAAUACCGAAGAAAACGGAGACCGUUCAAACAAGAAUUGAUGAUAUGCUCGGCGAAUUUUCCCGUGAAAUGAUGCUGACCAGUUUAAAUGAUAUUCGUCAGGCUGAACAGACAGCUGCGACCGUGCCGGAAUCAGUUGUUCCACAACCAACAGAAAAGCAACAAGCAAAAAAGAUAAUGGUAAAUUCUGUGAUCAUUUUCUAUGGGACGGGCAGAGAAUAGCGAGCCAAUGGCUCGGUGUCAUUCGUAAUUUUAUUUAACGCAUAAUUUAGCCGGACUAUUUUUUCAGAAGUUUAAUGGACAAGUUAAAAGACGGAUAGUUUCAUGGGGCCCAAGUUGUGUAAGCCUCGUUGUUUUUAAAUCCCGGAAACCGAUAUUGAGCCAAUGAUCCAUGCUUAUAAUGGCUCGAACGUACCAAAUGUUUUUUGCGCAGAAUUAAUUUUUACAGAUCUCCGCGAGUCAGGAUGUGAGUCAGGAUGUGAACAGAGAUCAUUCCAGCACUGCACAGCAUGUUUCGAAUACAGACAAUCACUUUAGGACAACGACUGUCCUCAAACGAAAUUCCCCUGUUAAAGAAUUUUCCAAUGCGAUGCAAGUUGCUCAUGGAGGAUUUCUUAAAUCGAAUGAAGAUGCCACCAAUCAGCCCACCGUAGGCCCUAUUCCUGGCUUGGCUGAGAGAUACAGGCAAAGAUCGGAAACCCGCCUUCCUAUUCCACCCGAAGAAAUUUAUAGUAUGGAAGACGCGCGUGAGAUUAACAUCAAUGAACUAGCCACUGAAGAAGCUCGUUCUCGAUUCAAGGAACGAUUACAACCGGAGAGAAUGGACGCCGUUCAAUCAAGAAUUGGUGAUAUGCUCGGCGAAUUUUCCCGUGAAAUGAUGCUGAACAGUUUAAAUGAGAUUCGUCAGGCUGAACAGACAGCUGCGACCGUGCCGCAAUCAGUUGUUCCACAACCAACAGAAAAGCAACAAGCAAAAAAGAUAAAGGUAAAUUCUGUGAACAUUUUCUAUGGGACGGGCAGAGAAUAGCGUGCCAAUGGCUCGGUGACAUUCGAAAUUUCAUUUAGCGCAUUAUUUGGCACAAUUACGGUUUUCGAGUUCCUUGAAAAUCUUCCGGCAGCUUAAUUCGGGUUUUGAACAGGGCUGGGCAAUUGGCCGGCACGGGCUUUUCGUUGGCCGACCAUUGACCUGGACAUUUGAACUACUUUCAAUAUUCCGAUCGAACCCAAACUUUGCAGGCUUCUUGGACAUGGGUUGAAGCAUACUGGGACCAAGUUUCAGCCCGAUCGGAUCAUCUGGUUCCGAGAUAUGUGGAUCAUUGGCCGAAAUUGGCCGUAAGCCCGGGUUUUUGGAAAAAAAUCGGCCAAUGAUCCACAUAUCUCGAGACCCGACGAUCCGAUCGGGCUGAAACUUGUUCCCACUAGCCCUCAAUCCAAGUUCAACAAUCCUGGAAAGUUUGGGUCCGAUCGGAAUAUUGCAAGUGGUUCAAAUGUCCAGGUCAAUGGUCGGCCAACGAAAAGCCCGGGCCGGCCAAUUGCCCAGCCCUGGUUUUGACAAUUCAAGGCCUCUAUAAAAUAGUCACAUUAUAUUUGAGAUGUUUAAUGGACAAGUUAAAAGACGGAUUAUUUCAUGGGGCCCAAGCUGUGUAAGCCUCGUUUUUUUAAAUCCCGAAAACCGGUAUUGAGCCCAUGAUCCAUGCUUAUAAUGACUCGAACGUACCAAAUUUUUUUGCUCAGAUUUAAUUUUUACAGAUCCCCGCGAGUCAGGAUGUGAGUCAGGAUGUGAACAGAGAUCAGUCGAAUCGAGAUGCCAGCAUUGCACAGCAUGUUUCGAAUACAGACAAUCACUUUCGGACAACGCCUGUCUUCAAACGAAAUUCUCCUGUUAAAGAAUUUUCUAAUGCGAUGCAAGUUGCUCAUGGAGGGUUUCUUAAAUCGAAUGAAGAUGCCACCAAUCAGCCCACCUUAGGCCCUAUUCCUGACUUGGCUGAGAGAAACAGGAAAAGAUCGGAAACCCGCCUUCCUAUUCCAUCCGAAGAAAUCUAUAAUAUGGAAGACGCGCGUGAGAGUAGCAUCAAUGAACUAGUCACUGAAGAAGCUCGUUUUCGAUUCAUGGAACUAUUACAACCGGAGAGAAUGGAUACCGUUCAAUCAAGAAUUGGUGAUAUGCUCGGCGAAUUUUCCCGUGAAAUGAUGCUGAACAGCUUAAAUGAGAUUCGUCAGGCUGAACAGACAGCUGCGACCGUGCCGGAAUCAGUUGCUCCACAACCAACAGAAAUGCAACAAGCAAAAAAGAUAAAGGUAAAUUCUGUAAAAUUUUUCUAUGGGACGGGCACAGACUAGCGAGCAGAGUUGAGCGAAAUUCCGUCUGCCGUCUUCCGUCUUCCGUCUUCCGUGGAUUUUUUUCUUCCGUCUUCCGUCUGCCGUCUUCCGUAAACAAAUUUUUCUUCCGUCUUCCGGGAUUUUUUCUUCUUACCGUAAAAGAGCAAUAGCUUUUCAGAAGCCAUUUACUAGCCCCGAAGAACGCGAAUUUCCACGGGCAGUGACCUAGAUCCAAAAUUUUUUGUGGUUUAGUUAUUUUUUUUAAAAACCGGAGAAAAAGGUUCUGCAUUGACGAUUUUUUUGUUCCGUCUUCCGGGAGAAAAUUUUUCUUCCGUCUUCCGUUUUCCGUGUUCCGUAAAAAACAUUAUCUUCCGUCAGGCGUCUGCUGUCUUCCGGAUUUUAAAAUUCCAUUUCCGCUCAACUCUGCUAGCGAGCCAAUGGCUCGAUGACAUUCGAAAUUUCAUUUAACGCAAAAUUAGACACAAUUACGGUUUUCGAGUUCUUUGAAAAACUUCCGGCAACUUAAUUUGGGUUUUGCACCAUUCCGUUCCCAUAAAACAAUUCAAGGCCUCUAUAAAAUAGUCGAACUAUUUUUCAGAAGUUUUAAUGGACAAGUUAAAAGACGGAUAGUUUCAUGGGGCCCAAGUUGUGUAAGCCUCGUUGUUUUGAAAUCCCGAAAACCGGUAUUGAGCCCAUGAUCCAUUCUUAUAAUGACUCGAACGUACCAAAUGUUUUUUGCGCAGAAAUUAUUUUUACAGAUCCCCGCGAGUCAGGAUGUGAGUCAGGAUGUGAACAGAGAUCAGUCGAAUCGAGAUUCCAGCACUGCACAGAAUGUUUCGAAUGCAGACAAUCGCUUUAGAACAACGUCUGUCCUCAUGCGAAAUUCCCCUGUUAAAGAAUUUUCUAAUGCGAUGCAAGUUGCUCAUGGAGGAUUUCUUCAAUCGAAUGAAGAUGCCACCAAUCAGCCCACCUUAGGCCCUAUUCCUGACUUGGCUGAGAGAUACAGGCAAGGAUCGGAAGCUCGCAUUCCUAUUCCACCCGAAGAAAUCUAUAAUAUGGAAGACGCGCGUGAGAGUAACAUCAAUGAACUAGUCACUGAAGAAGUUCGUUCUCGAUUCAUGGAACGAUUACAACCGGAGAGAAUGGAUACCGUUCAAUCAAGAAUUGGUGAUAUGCUCGGCGAAUUUUCCCGUGAAAUGAUGCUGAACAGUUUAAAUGAGAUUCGUCAGGCUGAACAGACAGCUGCGACCGUGCCGCAAUCAGUCGUUCCACAAGCAAAAAAGAUAAAGGUAAAUUCUGUGAAAUUUUUCUAUGGAACGGGCACAGAAUAGCGAGCCAAUGGCUCGGUGACAUUCGAAAUUUCGUUUAACGCAUAAUUUGGCACAAUUACGGUUUUCGAGUUCCUUGAAAAUCUUCCGGCAACUUAAUUUAAGUUUUGCACCAUUAGGUUCCCAUAAAACAAUUCAAGGCCUCUAUAAAAUAGUCACAUUAUAUUUCAGAAGUUUAAUGAACAAGUUAAAAGACGGAUAGUUUCAUGGGGCCUAAGUUGUGCAAGCCUCGUUGUUUUGAAAUCCCGGAAACCGGUAUUGAGUCAAUGAUCCAUGCUUAUAAUGGCUCGAACGUACCAAAUUUUUCUUGUGCAGAAUUAAUUUUUACAGAUCCCCGCAAGUCAGGAUGUGAACAGAGAUCAGUCGAAUCGAGAUGCCAGCAUUGCACAGCAUGCUUCCAAUGCAGACAAUCACUUUAGGACAACGUCUGUCCUCAUACGAAAUUCCCCUGUUAAAGAAAUUUCCAAUGCGAUGCAAGUUGCUCGUGGAGGAUUUCUUCAAUCGAAUGAAGAUGCCACCAAUCAGCCCACCUUAGGCCCUAUUCCUGGCUUGGCUGAGAGAAACAGGCAAAGAUCGGAAGCCCGCAUUCCUAUUCCACCCGAAGAAAUCUAUAAUAUACAAGACGCGCGUGAGAUAAACAUCAGUGAACUACUCAUUGAAGAAACUCGUCCUCGAUUCAAGCAACCGGAGAGAAUGGAUACCGUUGAAUCAAGAGUUGGAAAUAUUCUCGCCGGAGCUGUUCGUGAAAUGGAGCUAGCCAGAUUGGCAGGAUUAGAAGGCCAGAUCACCAGACAGCCUCGAACACUGUCGAAUAUGUCUGCUCGAGCACGUAGAAGAGUUCGGCCAGCAUUACUUCCUGAACCGAGAGCUGAGGAAGUAGUCCUGCAAAAUUUCGACGUUGAUAAUUCAACGAACAACGUUGAUAAUUCAACGAACAACGUUGAUAAUUCAACGAACAACGUUGAUAAUUCAACGAACAACGUUGAUAAUUCAACGAACAACGUUGAUAAUUCAACGAACAACGUUGAUAAUUCAACGAACAACGUUGAUAAUUCAACGAACAACGUUGAUAAUUCAACGAACAACGUUGAUAAUUCAACGAACAACUUUGAUAAUUCAACGAACAACGUUGAUAAUUCAACGAACAACGUUGAUAAUUCAACGAACAACGUUGAUAAUUCAACGAACAACGUUGCUCAGAUUGCGCCAGCUGUUGCGGAACCAGUAGUCCUAAUGGAGGAUCCCAUUCCUGUUCCUCCAAAUGUCGAAGGGCUCGAAAUUGUUCCGCAGCCACCGCCGAUCGCAGUAGUUGAAGCAAUGGGAGGAGCGAAAAGAAAAAGAGUAAGAUUUGUUAAUAUCCUCAGAGACAGAGACAGAGACGGGGACUGCUACAGUUUGAGAUUUGCUGUUGUAUUUUAGAUCGCUUCCGAUUUUUUGUCAGGUGACUGGGAAAAUACAACUGAACUUAGAGAUGGUGUUACUUAGGCACAAGCAAUGCAGUAUUAUUUCCAACAAAAAUUUUGUUUUUAGGCGAGGAGAUCCGAAGUCUCAGAACUCCUCGAUAGGAAGGUCCAACCCUCGGAGCAAGCUCAAUUGGUGGAGAAGAGGAGCCGCCUUCGGUCCGGAAAAAUGUUCCGGCAAGCUGCACCAGCAGAGCCUAAAUCCAAAAGGAGACGGGUAAAUUCUAUGAAGAUUUUCUAUGGGACAGGCUCACAUUUUUCAGAUUGUCACUUGA